UGGAAAUUUUCAUUGCGCUCCGCACAGUCUAUGUCUUCAGUCCGUCGAUGCUGGAUCGGUGUAUGAUUUGUUGUAACAAUUUGAAAAAAAAAAAAAUAAUUUCGUCUCACAGUGCCGUUACGAAUUGGCCGUUUUAUUCUUGUUCUGUUUUUGUAUUUUCGUGUGUAUUUUCCUUCUUUCGGGUUCACCUAGAUUUUUCCUGUUUUUUUUUAUUUCGUGGAGAAAUAAGAAUAAUCUAUUUCAAACAACAAAAAAAAUCAUAGGUAACUGUGCCAAAAAGAAGAAAAAUAAAAAAAAAAAACAAAUAAAAUUAGUGACGCGUGAAAAUCAUAAAAAGAAAAUUUUUUUGUUUAACAAGAAAAUAAUCUUUAUCGUGUUUAUGUGAUUGUGAAUCAACACAAAAAAAAAAAUACAAAAAAGAAAAACGUGAAACUCCAAAAACGAUCGAUUGACGAUCGUGUGUUGAUUUUUGAAAAAAAAAGAAAAAAUUACAAAUAUUGUAUUUUUGUUUUUGGAAAGUGUGCCUUACAAGAUUGUGAUCAUGUCAUUUGUUCAAUCGAUUCAAUGAUUGAUUUUUGCACCUCCUCUUCGACCAACAAAAGAACAAUAUCAUCAAAGCCAACAACCAUCAACAACGGAUCCGUGACAAACGUGAUGAUUGCGAUCAAUAAUACAAAGCAUUCGCAACCGCAGCUGUCAGCAUUCACGAUCGCUCAAGACAAUAACAACAACAACAAUAAACCCAAUCAAAUAAGUCAACCAGCUCCAAUCGGUGGGCACCAGCAGGGGAAAGCCCCUGCAACAGCCCCAGAUUUGUCGCCACCCGACUUUGAUUUCAACUUACCAUGUCGUUACUUUAAGAGUUCAUUUGCCCGGUCGUUGUCAUUGAAUUCUGGAGCCUCUGUUACCGCCGCGAAUCAAUCCAAGUCAAUGGAUUACAUUGGCACGACAAGUAUUAAGAAUGGCGGAUUUCAUCAGUCGACUGUCAUGGCCACUUCUUCGCCACUACCGCCACCACCGCCAGUGGUCAAUCGAAAGUGCUCCACUGACAUUCGCAUCAGCAACAACGCCAAUGAGGGCAGUAGAAGGAAUUCUGAAAUGUUGUCAGAAAUCGCAGUGCCCCCGAUCCCGGCUAGAAGGCAGAACAUAGAAACAUCUGCCAUAAUUCCCACAGCCAGUGUUGUCAAUGGUUCGACGCACCUUUUAAGGAACGUUAGUGGCAGCACAAAUCGCGUAACCAACACCGGCAAUGGGAAUGGUAACAUCAACAAUAGUGGACGUUUGCCUCACGUAGCCAAUAAUGGUGGCAAUGGCAACAGCAGCCACUUUGUAAGGAGAAACGUUUGCUGGCCUCCAUCAGCGUCGUCGACGACGGUAUCGUCAUCAUCUCCAUCAUCGGGGCUGCUGUCCUCUGGAGAACAGGAAUCUCAACUGCUUGACGAAACGGAACAUGAAUUAAUAAAAACAAAUGGAGAAUAUAUAGAAAAUCGAUUUGAAAUUGUUGAUCCUUCGACAAAUGUUGAAGCUGUUAUUUUACAAAAUCAAGUUGAUACACUCCAGUGGCAAUUGAAACAGGCCGAAACAAGCUGUGGCAUGUACCGCGCCGUUAUGGAAGAAGUUGCCCGAUUCCUUGAACGUUUCCAGAAAAAUUCUGCCUGCAGCAGAAGUGAACAAAUAUCACGAUCCAAAAGCAUGUAUCAUGUUUACAGUGAUCACGAUAAAGGUUCAGAUUCUGGAAAUUCUUCAGUCUAUCCCAGAGCUAGAAGUAGUACGAAUUUGAUUGAUUUGAAACGAAUGUCACCCAGUUCAUGUGGUGGCGAUAGUACCAAGAGCGGAGAAGAAGAUCACGAUCAUUAUGACCUUGCCUCACCAAUUAAUUCUUAUAGUACUUUUAAGGAUUUCACAUGGCGUCGAUCUCCAAAGAAACGAGCCGAGUUGAAGUUCAACGACGAUGCAGAGGAGAAACUAAACAAGGAAGCAUUUAGACUCUCGAGAACAAUUCAUAACUUGCUACACACCCAACAGCCAGAUUUAACCCAACACCGACAAUCACUAACCUCAAGGGUUAAGCCCAUUCCCAAUGAAAAUAUCCCGCCUGAACCAGCAGCAGCCCACCAGAAAGCCAACAAUCUUACCGCCGAAAUGCUAUUUCUGCGCACAAUGAAUAUGCGAGAUUCCCGCCUAUCACUACGAAGCAGCACCGAUAGUUCAGUUCAUUCAACAUCGUCUUCGUCCAAAGUCGAAGAAACCGACGAAGAGAACAACUAUUCCCCACCAUUGUUAGCCAAACAAUGUGCCAAUUUGUGCUCAACAACUGAAGAUGAGAGUGGUUUUAGUUCGAUAAGUUCAUUUCAGGAAAUCGGUGUUCCUCUAAGCUCAACCAUGAUAUCGAGCAGUUCGGCGAGUUCAUCCCACCUAGACGAUAGCAUCGAUCAGAGUGAUAUCAAUAAUUUAGAUAGCCGGAAUUCAACGCUCAAGGCUGGAGUACAUGCAGCUUCGAUGCUAGCAAAUAAUGUCGGUUUGCCACUUAGCCACGAUGUCAACAAUCGAUGGGAUUCGAAAACUUAUCGAAAGAAUAAAUUCCAGAGAUUUUCAACACUCUCUAAUGAAGAUUCAUCCACCGUUUUGUGGGUUUAAGAGAGAAACCUACGAAAAUAUUCUUUGAGAAUGCAUUUUAUUUAAAAAAA